GACUGAUCAAGCCCCUUCAAUUGCUGCAGCAAUUCGACAAAUUUUUCCAAGCACUCGGCACCGUUUGUGCACUUGGCACCUUGGUGAGAAUUCAAAGACCAACAUAGGAGGACUCAGAAUGAAUAUUAAAAGGGUUUCCAGAAGUAUUCGAUUAUUUGCUUAAGUACUGUGAAAGUCCUGCUGAAUUUGAACAUUACUGGCCAAGAAUGAUGACAAAAUACAAGUGUUCAGAAAAUGAUUGGUUAAAUCACUUGUAUGAUAUUAAAGAGAAAUGGUGUCCUGCUUAUUCAAAAGAUUAUUUUUCGGGUGGAGUUUUGUCAUCCCAAAGGAGUGAAACAACAAAUCAUUCUGUUUCCAAUAGAUUGAAUAAAACAGAUGGUUUGAGUGACUUUUACAGUACCUUUCUUGAUGUUAUAUCAGAGUGGAGGAGUAAAGAAAGUAAGCAAGAUUUCCGUUUUUUGAGGGGUAACCGUCAUCUUGCAGUAGCUAAUGUUCGUUUACUCAUACACGCUAGGGAGAUUUAUACUAUUUCUGUGUAUGUGGUAUUUGAGGAUCAAUUUGCGAAAGGUAUUUCAUGUUGUCAAGAGCGAAAGCAUGAAGAUGAUGAGACUAUUUGUUAUUAUGUUUGGAGGCCAAAUAAGGACAUUAUAAGGCAUGAAGUUACUUAUGAGAAAUUCACUUUUAAUAUCAAUUGCACUUGUAAGUAUUGGAGUGAGAUGGGGUUGUUAUGUGGACACUCUCUUCGUAUAUAUAAUAUUCAUUGUGUGCAAAAAAUACCAGAACAGUAUAUAGUGAAGAGGUGGGCUAAGAAGGCUAUGUGUAGUCAUGUGUCUGAUGAAGAGACAUGUGAAGAUGUUAAAGUUGUUCCUUCUGCUGUUUGGAGAGUUCAAAUGGUUAGGAAGUAUGUUCAGUUAGUGACAUCAUGUCAAGAAGAUCUUUUAGCAAGAAAUGAAGUUGAGUAUACUUUUCAAAUGUUACGUGAAAAGGUGGAAAGUGUGAUGGGUCCAAUUCAUGUUGAUGAUGUUGAUGUUGGUGAAGAAGCUAAAGAAGAAGGUGAUGAAGAAGGGUUCAUAAACAAUCCAAAAAUAGCUAGAAAAAAGGGUGAGAGAAACUACAGGCCAAAAAGUACUGUUGAAAAAGCAUGUAAUAAAGCUAAGAGUUGGAAAAAGAAAGUAGAUAAAUACAAAGAUGAAGCCAGAGCUACUGUCCAAAAAUUGGUUGUUGAGGUUUUAGAUGAUGAUGGAGAUCCUUUGGUUUAUACACAUCCAACAACACAAGGACCAAAUCUCUCUGUACUUUCUAAGAAAAAGAAUGUUCAAAGUAAAAAUAGUAAAGCUACUACCAAUGCUUCUCAUUCAUCAUCAGCAAAUGUUUUUGGUGACGGGUUUAGAACUGGUUCUCAAGCUUCAAAUGAAAAAGGAUUCAAAAAUAGUAACCCUUUAACUAAAUCUACUCAGCAAUUUUCAUCUAAUGUAAUAUUUUUUUUUUGAACUUUUGUUGUUAUUCUUUUGAACUUUUUUUAUUAUAUUUUGAACUUGUAAAUUUUGUAGGUGUUUGAAGGUGAAUCAUCCAACAAUUUUCCAAGCUCUAAUUCUUCUCAGCCAUCCUCAUCAAAAGCUUCAAAUACCUUUUCAACAAAUAAUGUUCAGCCUUCCUCUGGAAAUAUGUCAAGAUCUACUCAUUCACCUUUUUCAAAUGUAAUUUUUUUAUUGAACUUUUUUAAGUUUUUCUUGAAUUUGUGUUUUUAUUAUUCUAAAUUAACUUGAAUUUUCUGUAGGUUUUUGGUCAUCAAGCUUCAACUAGUUCUUCUCAUGCAUCCUCAUCAAAAGCUUCAAAUUAUUUUCGAACAACUAAGCCACCUUUAUCAAAUGUUUUUGGUUUUCAAGCUUCAACUAAUUUUCCAGCGAGUGUUGCACAGUCUUCUUCAAGAAAUGUUUUUGAAGGUCAAUUAUCUAAUAAUUUUCCAGGUCCUAAUUCUUCUCAGCCAUCAGCAUCAAAAGCUUCAAAAACCAUUCCAAGAACAAAUGCUCAGCCUUCCUCUGUAAAUUUAACCUCUUUACUCUUAACGUUCUUGACAUUUUUUAAAGAUAAUUUAUUAAUAUGUGUGUGUUUAUAAUAUACGUUUUUAGGAAUGUGGAUGUCAAGCUAAAAAUACAAAAUCUUUUUCAAGAGCUACUCAGCCAUCUUUAUCAAAUGUUCAUGGUCAUCAAGCUUCAACUAAUUUUCCAGCAACUGGUUCUCAGUCUUCUGCAAGAAAUGUCUCAAGUGUUUCUCAGGCUAAAAAAAGGAAAGUAUCUGAAGUGAAUCAUAACAGAAGUUUUCGAUAUGAAACUAGUAAAUGGGCUCAAGUAAGUGUGAACAUUUUCUUCUUUAUUUUGUAUUAUUGUUUUUUUGUAUGAAUUUUGGUUUUUUGUUUUUUUUUUUAUCGUUCUUUUAAUUUUUGUGUUUUUAGUAUUUUGAUGCUGGUCGCAAUGCAAGGAAUGAAGGGUCUCGUGCUUCUGGAUCUUCUAAUGUUUCAAAUUAUGAUGCAAUGUUAUCAAUGUUUGACAAGACAAGUAAUUCGUAGGUUUUCAAUAUAUUUGAACACUUUUUCAUAGGUUUACAAUAUGUAAUAACAUUCAAAUGCUUAUUAAUUUUCAAUAUAUAUGAAAAAUUUUGCAUUAUAAUUUUAUUGUUUUAAUUUUUUAAUCAAAAUAAAUAUUGACAAACAUAUUUUAUAAAAUGAACUACUACAGUUUAAUAUUUGAACACAAGUUUAAUGUCAACAUUUACUACAAAUAUUACAUACUUAUGUUAAUCUCAAUCCAAAUUAAAAAUUCAAAAAACAUUUGUCUUCAUCAAACUUCAAAUUCAAGCAAAUUACAUAAAAUCACUGUCUCUUGAAAUGUUAAUAAACCUAAAUAUUAAUUCUCUUCCAUUCUUCUUCUUGUUGCCAUUUUCACUCUAUAUCCUUCUUUGUUGGUGCGGCUUAAUAUUAUUUCGGAACAAUAUUGCACUCUAAGCUUCCUUAUUUGAUCAACCUGAACAUGCACCCCGAAAUUAUAUAAUUAUGAACACUAUAUAAAAUGUCUUGAACAUAAAAAGAAAACAUUUGAACAAUAUUUUUGAAACUCACAUUAUUUGCUUUCAAAUCACAAUUCCAUUCUACCAAAGGCUCUGUUGUGUAUGUUUCCAUAUGUUUCAUCACAUAAACACCACAAUUUUUAUGAUCCAAAUUGCUUCUCCAUUUCAUCUUGAUCA